GCCACUGUUGACAAACCUCACCGACGGGCGCCGUUCGCGUCGGAAGGGUCACCCUCUAUUGCAGAAGCUGAGUGUGCGGACUUGGCUCCGGCAAUUUCGUGCCUUGUUCAGUGUCGCAGUUUGACUCACUGCGACUAUAGAUGCUCAGCGGCAGACAUUGUUCAGGGUCGUUCAGGGUACCAUUGACAAUACAGUCGUUCUGUGCUUCCUGAUCCCAUACGCUCUCGAAUCUUUUCGAAAGUGGCCGGCGAUCGAAUCUCCCAGGCGAGUGCCUUGUGCCCACCUUGGUGCGCACGUCGGACUCGGAGCGCGUGCCCGGUGACUUCCCCCGCACGACUAAUCAGCUCUACUUAUAUAAUGAACCGGGCGGAGGACUAUGUCGCAUUCCCGCUACGUUCUCGAGCUCCCUUGUAGUCGCGAUGUCUGACAGCCAAGAUGCAGCAUCUCCGGCAAGCAGGGCGUCUAGUACCAAGACUGCAGCAGUCGCAGACUCUGGGGAACGGCGCGAGGGUUCAGUAGACCCCCAUGUCGGGAGCUAUCCGGAACAGCUCAAGGGUGGUGAAGGCCAUUCAGCCAUUCCCGAGGACAAGAAGGAGGAGAUCCUGGAGAACGAGGAGGACGACUGGGCACACGACCCUGCGAACCCUCGCAAUUGGACAUUCAAAAAGAAGUGGAUCAUGACUGGAAUUGUCUCGCUCUACACCUUCAUCACACCUCUCGCCAGUUCCAUGAUGGCACCAGGCCUGCCGCAGAUAGCUGAACACUACGGCGUCACGAGCGAAACCGUAACGGCCUUGACCCUGAGUAUAUUCCUGCUCACAUUCGCCAUCGGACCGCUGUUCUUCGGGCCUAUUUCUGAGAUGUAUGGUCGGACAUGGGUCUAUCAUAUCGCGAAUCUGCUCUUCCUUGCCUUCAACCUCGGGUGCGCAUUUUCCGACACGGUUGGUAUCCUCUUGGGCUUCCGAUUACUUGCUGGCUUUGUAGGCAGUGCGCCCAUCGCGUGCGGUGGUGGAACUGUUAGCGACCUGUUCUCCGAGAAGGAUCGCGCGUCUGCCAUGGCGGUGUUCUCGUUGGGUCCUCUGAUCGGCCCUGUUGUGGGGCCUAUCGCAGGUGGCUUCAUUGCGCAGACGAUCGGCUUCAAGUAUGUAUUUGUCGUAAUCGCUGCACUCUGCGGCGUAGGAGCGGUAUGCGGUAUCCCAUUCCUGCGAGAGACGUACCAUCCUGUCGUCCGCUUGCGCCGUGACAAGCGCGCGGCCGACCCAGAAAAGGUGGCGGCGGCGCACCCGCAUCUCCUCGAGGAGCAUGGCAACAAGUGGCACAGGAUCUCUGUCGACUUGAGCCGGCCGUUCAUCCUUUUGACGAGGAGCUAUGUUUGCUUCCUGCUCAGCCUGUACAUGGCCCUCAUGUACGGUAUCUACUACCUGAUGUUCACGACCUUCCCUGACCUCUUCACGGAGGUUUAUGGCUUCAGCGUUGGUGUCAGUGGACUGGCCUAUAUUGGCUUGGGGCUAGGCUUCAUGUCGGCUACCGUCGUUGGUGCGAGUGUCGCCGACACAAUCUACCACAAGCUCGCUAUUCGUAACGGCGGGAAAGGGACGCCGGAGAUGCGUAUACCUGCGCUCAUCUUCGGCUCCUUGUUCGUCCCGAUCGGCCUCUUCUGGUAUGGCUGGUCUGCGCAGGCCCGCGUACAUUGGAUAAUGCCCAUUAUUGGUUCUGGCAUCUAUGGGUUCGGAAUGAUGACAACAUUCCUGCCUAUACAACUUUACCUCGUAGACUCCUUUUCGUAUGCGGCGAGCGCAUUAGCGGCUGCUUCUGUCUUCCGUUCGUUGUUGGGCUUCGCGUUUCCCCUCUUCGGCCAACAGAUGUUCGCGGCGCUUGGCUUGGGGGGCGGCAACUCGUUGCUCGCAGGGCUAGGCAUUGUCAUUGGUAUACCCUUCCCUAUAUGGUUGUACUUCGCUGGGGAACGGAUACGUGCCAAGAGUCCUCUUUCACGAUGAUGACACUAGCAUCAACCUUAGAAAAGCAUGGACCUUCACGACGCCUUUAAUGAUAGACUCCGGGUACACGUAUGUACACUCAUUUUCGAUUUACAAGCCAGUACGACAACACGGAUAAUACGGUCUAACACAUCUCUUACUACUAUAGUGCGACUCGAGCAGCUCACAAUACCAUGUCUCGAUAUCUGAGGAUUAUGUCUGACUGCAUGCAUGUGAGAUAUAUGUACUGAUGGGGCGAGAAAAACGUAUGCGAUGUCGCAGCGUAUGUUCCGCUUGUGGCACCACCGUAUGAGAUCUUAC